GUUUGCGUAAAUUUCGUAGUAAACACGUCCUAUUUUUCGGUCUGCGUUUAAUUAAAUUUUUAAACUUUAUCAAUGCACGUGUAAUGAAAAGGAGUUCUACAAUGGACACGCAGUUAACUUAUGAAUCAGCAGUCAAGAAAGCUCAAUUGGUGGAGCGAAACCCCCAAUUUCAAUUGGAUCCUAUGCGUGUCUCGAUGCACGAUGAAACUGAUAUAAUUAAUCUAGCGCAGCAAAUACAAACGGCGGACAAGCAUCUGAAGCACAGCACCAGCCAGAAAUUGGUCGUUAUACUGGAUCAGAUAAAAAUGCUGCAAGCACAAGCUAUGAAUAUACUUAAGGAGUCAAAUGAGAGUCGAACACUACACAGCGCCGCUUGUAAUUUUGCCAAGAAACCCGGCCAUAUCUAUCAUCUUUACCAAAGGGCCACUGGCCAGAACUAUUUUAGCAUGCUGUCACCAGAAGAAUGGAAUCAUUCUGUGGACCAAUCAUAUAAGGGCAGCUAUAGACUCGAAUAUGAUUUAAGCUGGACACCGAUUAAUAAAAUAAAGGAGCAUGAUGAUAAGCUUAAAUGGGUGGAGAAAUGCAUAAAUAGCGACAACGGUACAACACUAGCUAUUGAUUUUAAUGUUACAAAUAAUUAAAGCCAUAAUAAAUUUCAAUGACGGAUGCAUGUCAUCAUCACACAUGUCAA